AAAAGAAGAUGACAUUUAGAGCACAAAAAGAGGAAAGAGAGAGAUAAGGAGAAGAAGAGGGAGAGAAGGGCAGAGAGAAAAAAAGCUAAAAUCUUUCAAGUCUGAGACUGACAGAUUGUUUCAACACCAGAUCUUUGAAAAAAGCUAUUUAAAUCGGAUUCUCGCCGGAGAUAGUCACCGCACCGCUGUUUUCCGGUGUACUAUGGUUGAUUUGAGACGAUUCACUGAUGAGUGAUGCGAUUGCUGGUGUUUCUGUUUCAACUGAUUUGUUAUUAAGUAAUUUACAGAGAUGGAUAGAACCAGAGAAGCCAGGAGAGCCACUAUGGCUGCCGUUGCAUCCACCACACACGGCCUUUCUCGGCGGCGGCAUAGAAGUAGCUCUAUUAGAGACUCACCAGAGGAUGAUGGGCCGGUGGAGUUACAAGAAACGACGCGUUUAAGGGAUCGAAAGAAGGAUAGAGAUCGAGAAAGGGAACGGGAACGGGAUAGAGAGCGAGAUAUGGAACGGGAAAGAGAAAGAGAAAGAGAUCGCUUGAGUAGAGCGAGUAAGAGAAGAAGAGGGGAUAGUUUGAUAAGUAACAGAGAAGAUGGAGCUGAUGAAAGUUCCGAAGAAAGUGUAAACGAUGAUGAAGACGAUGACGAGUUAGAAGGCGGGGGAACCAUCGCUGGUGGAGGUUCUGUUCGGAUGAUUCCGCCAAACAACGUCGCCGGGUCUCUGUCCAUUCACCAUCAACAGCAACAUCAGCACCGGAAGAGUUUUCCGGUACCGGUGAAAGUUAUUAGAACGACAGGCCCUUCUAUGACUACCACAACAACUACCACGUCUACAUGGAAGGCUGCCGAUGAGAUGAUUGGCGUGUCGGUUCCUAGAAAAGCUCGGUCAGCUUCUACUAAAAGGUUUCAUGAAUGGGCAUCAAGUGGCGGUGGUGCUGUUGGUGUAGUAGGUGGAGAACAUAUUCACCGUCAAGCUUCAACUUCGCCGGUGAGAACAGGUGUAGCUGCGAUGCUAACAUCACCGUCGCUGGCUCCUGCUUCUCCAUCUUCUUCCAAUGUUUCUGCGAGGAAGAAGAUUAAGCCUAACGGGGCAAAGCAAAGGUCACUUAAAUUGUCGUCGAAAUCCUCAUCUUCAGCUCAAGAAGAGAUUGAGAUGGAGAUUGCCGAGGUUUUAUAUGGUUUGAUGAGGCAGCCACAAGUCCCAUUGAAGCAAGAUAUAAAUGGGAAUGAUUCAAGAGAAGUGAAUAAACUCAGUAAUGAUUCUAAAUCAAGAGUUUCUUCACCUAUCUCUAACUCCACAUCAACCAUUCGUCAACCGUCUUCCAUUUUACAUUCAAAUUCCAACUCUUCCGCUAUUCCAAUGUCUGCAAUUGCUCCAAAGAGGAAAAGACCAAGACCAGUGAAGUACGAAGAUGAAACUACGCCGAUAGCACCGUCUCCUUCUAUUUUCCCUAUUAUGAACAAUUCUGUUUCUUCUACUACAACUAAGGUUGAAAUUGAUCAACCUACUAAAAUUGAAGCUACAUCUCCCCAUUUUGAGAAGAACUCUGGAUCCAUGGCUGAAAAUUUGAUGAAUUCUUCUCAAGUCGUACCGGUUUCAUCAGAGCUGGAUCAGGCUGAACCAAUGAAGGACGUGAAGAUCAGUUUGGUACCAGAUUCUAAGCCUUUGACUGAAGAAUCUGAGAGUAGAGAUCUGGGUAUCUGUAAAAAAGAGGGGUCUCAAUCUCCUAUGAAGGGAACUUCGUCUCCUGCUAAUAAUAAUCCUUCUUCCACUGGUCUCCGGUUGGAUGAUGAGCUUGAUGAUGUGACUGUGACAAAAGCGAAUUCAACAGUUUAUGAGAUUGAGAGUCAGCGGGAAGAGAAAUUUCAGAUUGAUCUGAUGGCUCUUCCUUCAUCUAGAUCAUCACCAGAAAGGGACGAUGAGAUUGAUUUUGGGGCUUCAGAUCCUAAACCAAUGACCAGAGAUAUGGAAUUAGAAAUGAAGUCUACAGUUAGGAAAGAUGAUAAAAGAGUGAAAGUCGGGAAGGAAGAUACCUUCAUUGAAGCUGAUGAUUGUAAGAAGCCCAAACUGAUUGCUGAAGAUGCCGAAUCAACUAAUCCAGUUCUAAAUAAUGAAAGUAAUAUUAAUCUUCAGCAUGAUUUGAAGAAACCUGAUAGAGAUAGUGGCACAGGUAGUGUCUGUGCGAACAAGUUCAAUCACCAUGCUCAAAAGCUGCAGCAUCAACAGCCUGAUAUUGAGAAAUCUGCACAAUCUAGUGUACCUUUGCCGAUGUCAUUGGCUAGCUGGCCUGGUGGACUUCCUCCAAUGGGAUACAUGCCACCUCAACAAGGUGUUGUAUCCAUGGACGGGAAUGCUGUAUCUUCAGCAUCUAUUCAGCCUCCGCAUUUGCAUUUUAAUCAACCAAGGCCAAAGAGAUGUGCAACCCAUUGCUACAUUGCCCGUAAUGUACACUAUCACCAGCAAUUCAUGAAGAUGAAUCCUUUCUGGUCAGCAGCAUCUGGAUCAGCUUCACUCUAUGGACCACAGACAAAUCUAAAUAUUGUGCCCCCUUCAGAAAUGAAUGGGAACAUUCCUGGGAGAGCUGUGAACUCUGUACAGGACAAGGGGCAGAGUCUUGCAAUAUUCCCUGGUCAUGUUGGUAAAGAUAAAAGUUUGCAGGCUGCUACCAAUACCGUCGAUGCUGCACAGAGAAAGCAAAUACUGCUCCAGCCAGCUCUACCCCCUGGGUCCCCCAGUAAUAUUCUGCAUGGCCCUGCUUUUAUUUUCCCAUUGAGCCAACAACAAGCUGCUGCUGCUGCAUCUGUCCGACCCACGUCUGUGAAAUCUCCUGGUGCUAGCAGCACAACUUUUAGUACAUCUAAUUCUGCCUCAGUGAGUACCACCCCAGCUGGUGCAACUGCAGCCCCGGCAAUGAGCUUCAACUAUGCAAAUAUGCCAGGCAACGAAACCCAGUACUUGGCGAUUCUGCAUAAUAAUGCAUAUCCGUUUCCAUUUCCUGCACAUGUUGGGGCACCGGCCGGAUAUCGAGGGAAUCAUGCACAGCCUAUACCUUUUAUUCCCGGAUCUUUCUAUUCUUCCCAAAUGCUUCACCAGGCACAAAUUCAGCAGCAGCAGCAACAACAACAACAACAGCCAAUCCAGUUACAGCAAAGCCAACAAGGUCAUCAGAACCCUAGCAUGUCCAGUGGUGCAUCCUCCUCCCAGAAGCAUUUGCAGAGGCCUCAUGGGAGUGUGGUGGGUAGUGGCAGUGGAAACUUGCAAGUUUUUCCUACCCCAAAAAAUCAGUCACCUCAUCUCCCAAAGCUUCAGCAACGGCAGCUACAGCCAAGUCAGCAUGCUUCCCACCAAGCUUGGCACCUUGAGGGUGAAUUAGGUGGCAAAGAAAGCCCAUCCACUGCCAAUAGCAGAGUAUCUGGUGCUAAGAUGAAUAUUUAUGGUCAAAAUUUUGCCAUGCCCUUGCAAUCUCCAAACUUCACUUUGAUGACUGCUGCGUCAUUGGGUGGUUCCACCAGUUCUGGUGGUAACCAUGGCGAAAAGAAGCAACAUACCCAACAGCUGGGUUCGAAGCCUGGAGUUGAGCCUCUUACAUCUCAAUCUUUUGCCAUGCCAUUUGCCUCCAUUAAUGGUACUACUGCUCCUGGCCUUGAUAUUUCUUCCUUUGCACGAGAUCAGGCAAUUCUUCAAAGCCUUCCAGAGAGUACAAGGCAAGGCUAUCAACAGAUCAUGGCAGUAGCUGCCCAUACAGCACAACAGAUGAAGAAUUAUCAUGCUUCUGAAGAAGGGAGUCAUGGAACUAAUAAUGCAUGUAGUGCUGAAGAAGGGAGGAACGCAAUAGCAGGAAAGAUUUCAGCUACUGCUGGGCAGUCCAUUGCCUUAUCCAGGCCGGAUCUUCCUGAUUCGUCUGUUUCCACUCUUCCAGGCAACAAUGUUAUUGAUAGUUCUGCCCGUACAAUUAAUCUUGGCUCUGCUUCUGCCAGAACUUCAGGUUCUGUUAUGCCAGCUUCGAUUAGUGGUGUAAAUUCUCCUAAUGCUCAGCAGCAACUUCAGCGGAAUCAACAGCAGCAGCAGCAGCAAAUGCUUCAGCUUCAGAAGUCGCACCAAUUUGGGACCGCUGCUGCUUCUCAAAGUAAGCUGCCGGCAACAAGUAGUGGAAGUGCUUAUUCUGAUCACCUCCCUUCAUCUUCCAUGGCUGCCAAAUUUCCAAGUGCUCUGUCCGCUUUUCCUCAAAAUAUAGCACAAACAAGCAGCAGUCCGGCUCAAUCUUCUCAGUGGAAGAAUUCUGCAAGAACAACUGCUUCUCAAGUAUCUCCAUCGCUAUCUUCUUCAACUUCACCAACCCUUAAAAAUAUUUCCAAGCAACAAGCCCGGUCACAACAAUGCCACACACAGAUUUCUUUUGCAGCUAAUCCUAAAUCGACACAAAGUCAACAGCCUCCCAAUAGCAAUCCAUCCCCCUCCCCUCUGAUGAUGGUUGGCUCUCCCACAACUUCAAUAUCCAGGAGUGCUGGUGGUAGCCCCAAGACAACAGGUUCCGCUUCUACCGCCAACAAAGCUGGUCAAGCACCUAGUUUAUCAUCUCAGCAGACCAAGAACUCGCCAUCAGUGCCUAGUCAGAUGUCAUCUCCUGUUGGUGGGAGGAGUGUGCCUUCGGUCCUGGGAAAUUCCCACAUAAGUUCAUCGUCAAAUACGGGUACCAAACCCCAGGUGGUGCUACAGAAACAUCAGCAUCAAAAGCAUGCAAUGCAUCCUGCGCAGCUGUUCUUCUCAAAUGCUUACAUGCAGCAGGCCCAAGCUCAACACUCCGCAAGUACAACAGCUCCAAGUGGGUACUUCAUUCAAAGACACCGUAAUGAGCAACUGCAAGCACAGCCUCCGGGAUCAUCAACAAAUUCAACGUCCAUGUUGUCGUUAUGUUCUCCAGUUACUCUUGCUAACACCGGUACCACUGAUCCUGCAAAGGCAGCAGCAGCUGCAGGCAAUAUGAAGGGAGUUGCCACUGGCAUAACACCCCAGGGACUUAUCCAUGCUGCUCAAUUUGCUACUAAGUCAUCUGGGAAGCCAUAUCAGCUUGUUCCAGGUUUGCCGUAUGUCCAUGCCGUUCCCGGUGCUGUUCAGGUGAAACCGGCAGAGCAGAAACAACCUGCGGGUGAGUAGGAUUGCACCCCUUUGUGCUUCGUAUCUCUAUCACGUACCGUACAGGAAAAAAGAAAAAGAUACAGCAGUGGAGGUUUUUGUAUUGCUGCUGCUUGUUAAUUGUGGUGGUAAAAAAAUGUUUUUGUAGGGGGGAAAUAGGAGGGCAACACCUACUUUCCCAUCUAUUGUGGGGAGUAAUGGAGGCUCGUUUCCUUGUUUAAUUUUUAUUUCUCAUUUGGGAUUUUUGAAAUUUCCAGAAUAGACGAGUAGACAAAUAUUUUGACAUGAACAUAUAUGCAACUGAAGGAUGUAUGUGUAUAUGUAUAUGUGUUGCACAUGCCAUUUGAGAGUAAUUCUCUCCAUUUUUUC